AUGAUGUUCUCAAUUUACCUUCUGCAGAAAAGGGCAGGUCUCGCUUGCAACAAACUUUCAGAAUCUUCUCUCCAUCAAUCUCAAAUGUUCUUUAACAAUGGAGUGGAUAUCAAUUCUCGGAAGAGGAAGAAAGAAGUUUCUGAUACUUCAUUGCCUGCAUCAUUGAUCAACCAGAGUCCUUCCCAACAACCUCCACAACAUUUUACUCCAGUCUUGUCCUUCACAUCUUUAUUGACCGACGAUUUCUCUGCAAAUAUCCAAGAACAGAGUGAUCAAAUUGAGCAAAUCGCCAAUUCUCCAUUGCAGGCCGAUCAGUUGCGGCGCACGUUAGCGGAGAAGUGGCAGAGGCACUACAGCACGCUAAUGUGCGCGGCGGAGGAGAGGGCGUCGAAGAGACUGAAGGAGAGAGGGGCGGAACUGGAGAGGACGGUGCGCAGGAACAAGGAGUUGGAGCUGUGCGCGGCGCAGUAUAGAAUGGAGGCGCAGGUUUGGAAGGCGCAGACGGAGAUUCUGGAGGAGAGAGUGGCGUCGCUGAGGGAGUCACUGGUGGAGGCUACGAUGAGCCGGGGUGGCGUUGAGGUUGGCCGGGGGUGCGCUAGUGGGGAAGCGGAGGACGCCGAAUCGUCGUACGUUGACCCGGAGCGAGUGGAACCGGUUCGGUUGGCGUGCAAGGCGUGUGGGAAGCGAGUGGCGACGGUUAUGAUUUGGCCGUGUCGACACAUGAGCGUGUGCAGGAGAUGCAACGCCGUUACAAAAGCUUGCCCUGCUUGUCUCUGUCUCAAAACCGCUAGCAUUGAAGUCUCUCUCCCCUAA